GCCCUUGUCUUGAUAAGAUAUAGUUAAGGGGUGAGAUAUAUACAUCUCGGCUGGAUAUCCCAGCCCAGUUAGUGGCAAGAUGCCGAUCUUUGUUAGCGCCUACAGUCUGCGUGCAAUCAGCAAAUACUAUGCCCACCAAGACCAGAGUGGCCUGGACAAACUGUGCCACUUGACUAAUCAUCUGGUCGCCUUUAUCUUCGCUAAACUCCAUAAUUUGUUGUUUGCUCUAUAUUUCGCUACGAUAGCACGUCGUAGUCCCUCGCCGGCCGCCGUCUCCCAGUCGUCGUACGGCAGUCUGGGUUCCAGCCAAGAUAUACACAUUCGAGUGGACAAGGAUGGCGUUGCCAGCGAAUCCACUCCGCUGCUGGCAGCUGCUCAGCGGUCCAUCAAGACGUCCUCAUCCCUCACAGCCUCAGUCUCCGCCUCCUCCUCGACGCCUUCGAGUUGCCGGAGGAACCCCACGCUCCACGAAGACUGCUUCAAUUGGCGCUCGGUGGGACUGCUGGUCAUGUGUGCAUCCGCCUUGGCACUGGCCGCCUAUUUGCUCUGGAGACAAACCCAAACGCCGGACUUUGGCUACCGACUCAGUAUCGUGGGUCAUGGCAUAUGGUCGGAUAUGGAUAUCCAGGGUCGGGGAACUCUUUUCGAUCCGAUCGGUGUCGACACAGUGAUUUUUACCCACACUGGGAGCAAUGAAUGCCACGAUGAUUGCCCGGAUGUAUUGCAUAAGCUGGAAAGGUCGCAUCUUGGCGAGCUGCCCUACAACUUCCUGGUCGCCGGUGAUUGUCAGGUCUUCGAGGCACGAGGCUGGCACUAUCGGAGUCAGUAUCCAAGGGAUCUAAUUGGAAUAGACUCGUUGGUGAUGGCCUUUGUGGGUAACUUCAGUGGGAGGCCACCCAUCGAUUGCCAGUUGAUGGCCGCCCAGGCUCUGAUUCUGGAAUCCCUAAAGCGUCGGAUUCUGCAGCCAGUGUACCAACUCUUCGUGUUGGGCAGCUAUACGGACGCAUUGCAGCGGGAACUGAGGCACUGGCCGCACUACGCGAGCCACCAAACGUCCAAGUGAAGCAACAAAGAGAUGAUUCCAAAUUAUUCCUCUCGUUUAUUGUACGCCAAACACAAACAGUAUACAAAGAAGCGCAGGAUGAGUAAAGCGGUUGCCACCGAUAAGCGAAUCAGGGAUCCCCAGGAUCGGGCGCUGGCCAGGAUCGGGGGACCGGCGAAGCGUUGCGCAUUGGGUUAAUUGAUUGGAUGUUGCCUAAGACUAAGGACUAUAAACUUAAACUACAACUGGCGAUCGGCUAGUCGAACUCCAGUUUCCGAAAGCUACCCUCGAUGGACUCGAUUUGUGAAACGAAGUUGGGUCCGCCGGUGGAGGCCUUUUCGGCAUUGAAGCUGCUGCGCCGCUGGAUGCCGCGAUCGGAGAGCAGUAUGCUCUUGUCCAGGCCGAGGAUCAGGUCGCGCUUGCUCGCCAGCUCCUGCUUCCACAGCUCGAUCAUCUCGCGCAUGGGCACCUUGCCACCCAUUUCCAGCGGCAGACAGCCCUGGUCCACGCUCUUCAUCAGCUCCUUCUCGCUGCCGUAGAUGAUCAGGCGGUUCUUCAUCUUGGAACUGACGCGGUUCUUCACGAAAUCAAUGAGCCACUUGAGUGUGGAUGGCACAUUGAUCAGGUGGAUCUCCUUGUGACGCAUGGGCAGCGAUUGCUCACCCCACUUGAAGAUGCGGGCAAACUCCGUGGGAUUCCAGUUGGUCACAUGCGCCGUGGUCACGCCGGCGAAGUCGCCCACAUGCGAUAGCCCAGUGAUCUGCGUCUCCUGAUCCUCCAUCAGGCACUCGUAGGUGAGGAAAUGCGCCUUGGCCUGGUCGCAGCUAGUGUGGAUCUUCGGAUUUAACCCCUUGGCAUUGAUGACCACCACGCGGCGACCGUGCUUGUCCCGCUGUGGCACCGCAAAUAUGUAUCCCUGAUCGAUGAGGUCGCCGAGUCGCGGCUCCAGAUAGUCCAGCUGGGUGCUCAUGUGCGGGAACGUUCUCCUGAUGUUCAGGUACUUGAGCAGCGUCUGCUCGGCCAUCGGCACACUGAACUUCUUGGCGCGCAGGAAGCGCAGCAGGAAGGUAUCGUCGCAUCGCACAUUCUGCAGAUCCUCGUUCUUGGCCACCCAGUUGCGCAGCUGCUCCAGCGACUGCUCCCGCGUGCAUCGAUCCUCGCGCAGCUCCCGCUUGGCAAUCUUCAGCAGUGCCUCCGGCAGGGCUGUCGUCUCCCCCUGAUCCUGCACCAUAUUCUGCUCUCCUUCUUCGCUGGAAGAUCUGCGGUUCGUUGCGGCUGCUCUGUGGUCACGCGAUUGGCAUGGACUGCGGUCACUACAAAGAACGAUAAGAAGUGCACGGAUUAGUCGGGGUUUUCUCAAAUCCACAUUGUAUGAUUAAUAUAUAUACAUAUACUGUUGUUAAAGAGAUUGAAUUUACUUACAUACAUACUUAUAACAUAAAUAAUUAAAUAAAAUAAGAAUAACUUUUCUUCUUGAUUUAGAAUAUUGAAUAUAUUAUCUAUAACCAAGUUAAGCUCAUUAUAAAAAGUGCCCAAUAUCAAGUUCAAGCCUUUGGUUUAAUCAAUAGAAAAACUCACUUGGGAAUCACCAACAGCUAAACUUAUUGUUUAAUAAUUCUGCAUAUGUUUAUCAAUGAGAUUUAUUAGUGGUCAUCCCAUUGAAAUUAGUUCAAGGUCCCAGUGAUCUCAAGGCGAACGCCACCGGAUCACGGAUCGCUGUAAUUUGCAAAUAUUUGCUAAUUAAAACUCGCGUUUGAGACGCGUUUUUGUUAAAACAGCGCUGCGAAAGCGACGAAAUAAAAAAAAGUAUAAAUUA